AUGCUGCGUCCGGAGGUGGUAAAACAAUUGGAGUGUCCGUUGGUUGGCCUUGCAACCUCGUGGUCAAUCGGGCGGAAAUCAAUCCCUGCGGAAGAUCUGCCGACGGUAAUACGUAGUUUCCAGAGAAAAUAUUGGCCUUUUCCUAAGGAGAAGAUCGCAAAGAGCAACCUCAAAGCAAAGCGUCUUCGCGAAGAAGGUAAUGCGGCUUAUAAGAAGUCCCCUCAACAGCCUGAAAAGGCUAUGGAAUUGUACAAUCAAAGCAUUUGCUGGUCAGAGGAAGGAUCUGAAGAGCUCGGGCUGAGUUAUGCCAAUCGUUCUGCGGUGUACUUCAGCCAGAAAUUGUACCACGAUUGCCUGGAAAAUAUUGAACUGGCGCGGCACCACAAUUAUCCGGAGGAAAUGAGCCAGAAGCUAACGGACCGUGAGGAUCGUUGUAGAAAAUUAAUGGAGGGCUCGUUCACUCCAAGGAAAAGUAGCGUGGGACAUAGCUUUGUUGAAUCUAGUCUUCAGCUUAACCAAGACGCUCGAUCUAUUCGCACAAACCGCAACUUGAAUGUAGGCGACAAGGUGCUUAUUGAAAAACCAUUCAUUCUGGUUCUGGAAGCUGUGAUGGCUUACCAGCGGUGUGAUUUCUGCGGCUCCCGUAACGAGCUAAAUCUUUUGCCCUGCAAAGGCUGCACGGCGGUGAUGUACUGCAGCUCAGAGUGUCAAGAGCAGGCACUUCAACGAUACCAUCGGUUUGAGUGUGAAAUCGUCGAUGAUAUUCAGUUGCUCUUCAGAGGACCAAAAAUAACUCGAAUUUUCCAUGUGAUGCUUAGAUUAUUUUGGUUUGCAGUACAGCUCUAUCUGGAAGAUCCAGCAGGGUUUCCGAAACGUAUAACUGAUUUCACUGAACAAAUAAAGCAUGAAGAGCCGUUUGGCAUGGAUCCUUUCGGUAAUGUGUUACAUCUGCUAGCAACCUGUCCCGAUAAGAUUAUCUCGCCUGACGAUAAACCUGGCAUGACAGGAAUAUGUGUCUCGCAGUAUGUUAGCGUACUUAUAUAUGUAAUAGCAGUCGAAGAAAACGAAUCUCUUAAGCAAUGUCUCAAGGGAACGACAACUUCUGAAACACUGUUGCCUAUAUUGUUUCAAUUGAUCGAGAAUGCGAUAUGUUUGGUAGACAAACAAUCGGAAGAAUUUAGCUGCUAUUAUCCUUUCGCACGUUUGUUGAAACAUUCGUGCACCCCGAAUGGAGAACGUCUUCUGCUCGGUACUCAGAGUGUUGUCAUAUUGAAACGUCCUGUUACCGAAGGUCAAAAUAUAACCGUUGCAUUCGCACACAAGCUUGCAUCCAUUAAAACCAAUAAAAACGAGCAAUGCGAAUGUGACGGAUGUAAAACGCAUUAUCCCAAGCUAACGAAGUUAGAAGUUGGGGAAAAAUUGGCCCUAGAGCUCGCCCCAAUACGAUCGGAAACGGAUACAACAAUCCAGCGGAAAGAGUUGAGAGAUUUCUUGUUAAGGCACGAUGAGCUGUAUCCAAAACCAGAGUUAGACGAAGCUUGGAACUUAUUCCGAUCAUUUAUACUGAAAGAUAUAAAAGUUUCCUUUGAGUCAUAG